CCUACUACCUAUAGCUUCUCCGUGGCACUCCUUGACGGUGCUUGCUCCUACGUGACAAAUACGCAGCACUGCAGCAGCAAGCUCCGUCUCCCAUUUUCAAUGCUUCUCAUUUUUGUCUAGUCGUGCAAGAAUGCUAGGUGCUCGGCAAUAGUGCUGCGCUAGGGCCUAUGGGGACAGCCUCUUCGAAACGCGGCCGGGCCGAAGGCUCAGGUUCUGUUAGGGAAUGCCAGCCUGCCGUGCGAAACUCAUUCUUUAGGCGCUCUGUAUGCUCAUCAGCCAACGGGGAUGUCUCGGUUUACAGCAAGGCCCCUCGAGGGGCUAAUGCACCGAAUGCUGUGCUUGGCCUAAGGUUUACGUGGCUAGUCGCGCGUUCCAGCGGUGUUGUAAACCAUGAUCCUGAGAGCACCAUUAUAAACGUCCUGGAUGACGCCUUCUCCUUCAAGACAGACCAGCUCAGCGACGAUGGGCUGGGACCAGCCACGCACAUUGUUCUGGUUCACCCUUCGACGCCAUGGCUCGAGUUUGUAAAGGCUUACACAGCUCAUAAUGGAGAAGGCCCUUCCAAAAUACCGUCAUCGAGAUUACCUGGGCCGUGUCCUGGCCCCUCUACCACAUCCUCAGCGCCGCUAACCACCUCACAGCAACCCACAUCAGCCCCUCAUCCCAAACCUGUCCCAAGCCCCUACCAAUGCUGCUGCCUCGGUGGCAGCAGCAGCAGCGCAGCAGCAAAAGCCGACUCUGCAAACCCCACCGCAGCGGUGACCGCCCCUCCCGCCUACCUCUACUUUGCCUUCCUCACGACCACGGACAAUGUACGGCACCAGCAGCUUUCCUCCAAGUACCAUCGGCAGGAGCAGCAGCAGCAGCAGCAGCAGCUGCCAUCACCACCACCACAGCGACAUCAUCAGCAUGACCAUGCAGCAGCAAACGCACCAGUACAACCGGUAAUGAGACCAGCCUCAACUGCUCUUCAUCCUCAGCCCCAACGCAGCCUCCCCUUCUGUGACCUCAGCAACAACCACUCGCUCACAGUCCUAUCUGCUGCCAUCACAGCAGCAACUGCCAAGGCAACCCAGCCAGCAGCCAUACCCUCGCUGCUGUUGAUUAUCGACCCUGCUGCUGCCGUAUUCUCCGACCCAGAUGCCGUACAAGCGCUGGCUAAAAUCCUGCCGUAUUGCGCCUCUGCGCCACAUGGUGACGAGCCUCUGAGACCAGCGCCUUUGCAGCUGCAGCAGUCCAAACCCUGCGCGGAAGGGGCUUGCUGCCGGACAACUGAGAUUGCGGCGGUCGAGAAACGAGCCGCCGCUGCUGACCCAUGGGUCGUGCCAGACCCAUACCGUACCCGCGAGGGAGUCGUUGCAUCAGCCCUAGAGCUGCAGCUGGCUUCCUGCCUUGCAGCCGCUGAUAGCGCUCCCUUGGUGGCGGCCUUCGGACGGUUGCUGGAAUGCCGUACAGCCACCACAACCGCUACAGCCGAGGAGGCGGCAGCAGUGCCACUAGCAGCCGCGCGGCAUGCCGUAAGCCGGGCCGUUCUGCAUGCCGCACGGCUGUCGUACCAACGGUACGAACCUCUACUGAUGCCGUACUCAAGCCCGUGCGCAUGCCGUACUAACCGCCGAGCGAGUUUCGUACUAACCGCUUCAUGCUCAAGUGUCCCAAGUGGCGGCGCCGUCGCACACCGUCUGGACGAUAUGGCCGCACUUCCCAGGUGUACGAUGAUGACAGGGCCAAUGACGACGGGUGUGAAGGAAUCCAGCAGCCAGGUGACCGCGGUGAAGGGCCACGACGGGGCCGGAGGCGGCGGCGACGGCGUUCAGGCUGUGGUGUUCGUACACAGCCAGGAGGAGCUGCGGAGGAGGGCGUCAGCAAAGGAGGAGGAAGAGGAGGGAAACGGUGGCGUUCACAUUGGGGAAGGGGCUGGCCUCGUGAACCACCAGUGUCGUACAACGGUCCCGCUGCCGUACGGCUCGUCCCCAUCACCAACCGUUACCAUAACAACAACGACAGCUCCGGUGGCAACCGCGAUGGCAGCAACGUCCUCCUUGGCGGGUCCUUCUGCCGCUACUACCUCGGGCACCGUAGCUACCACAGCCCCCGCCGCCGCGGAACCAGCAGCCAGCCGGGCCUCCAGCGGUAGCAAAUCCGCCAGCGGUACGGCGCCGGCAGCAGCAGCGGCGGCCGCCAUGCCGCCGUACAACGGCCAACUGCCGUACGCCGCGUACGAAGCUGCCCGGCGGUACGCUGCGUUGCUCGAGGCGGCGGGAUUAUGGGCCCCGGCGGCGGCGGUGCUGGAGGCCUGCAUGCGUGCGGCAGGUGCUAGUGCGGCGGGGGCGCGACGGGGCGCUCGCAGCGGGCAGCUGGCGGCGCUAGCGGUGCAGCUGGGGCGGCUGCAGGGGCUGCAGGGACUGCAUCGCGCGGCGGAGGCCACGUGGCAACAGGCGGUAGAAGUGCUGGAGGCGCUGCAUGGUCCCCGCAGCGUCCCCGCGCAGUCAGCCCGCGUAUCCCUAGCCCGCACCCGAGCCGCCCUGGCGUCAGCAGGAGGCGCCCCGCCGCGUCACGCCCCUUCAUCUCUUCCGCCCGCCUGGGACGCCGCCGAGGGGCAGCUCCGAAGCGCUCUAGCGGCACUGGACGCGCUGCUGGGCCCGACGGCGGCGGCGACGCUGGCGGCGCGGCGGGCGCUGGCGGAGGUGCUGGCGGAGGCGGGGAGCUGGGCGGAGGCGGAGGUGUCGUACCAGGCGCUGCUGACGGAGCAGGAGGAUGCGGCGCCGGCGGCGGCGGUGGGGCCAUCUUACCCAGUAUCUGGCAGCGCCGCCGCCGUCGUUGCCGCCAGGGAUGAUGUACCUAGCGGUCUGUUGGAUCCCAUCGCGUGGAGUGCCGACGCCGCAGCCCUAGCGGACGUGGUUUUUGCCGUCCAACGAGAGCAUGGCGGCAUGAACGAGCUGUACGGCAAUCUUCAUUGCAGCAUGGCGGUACGGCCGGGGGAGGAAGGCGGCGGCUUGACGUCCUGGGAUGCCGCUGCCGCCGCCGAGGCAUGCCGCCGUAAUUGCGGCGCAUGCAUCUCGGAGGUGGUUACCGUACGACGACUCACGGAUCCCGGCGCGUUAUACGAUAGGGCGAUUGCAGUACGGCUUGUCGUACUUGGGUCUGCACAUCCUCAGGUUUUUGAGCUGCAGUUGCAACAUGCACGGUACCUGGGAUCUGCAGGACAGUACGACAAGGCUGAAGCUGUCUGUCGUACAGCGCUGCAGCAGCUGCUGGCGGCGGGGGCCGCGCGUACGGCAGAUCCUGAGGGUCCCAUGCUGGCUUCAGAGGCCCGAUUGGAGCUUUUGGAAGCAGAUCGUGACUCUACGGUUGCUCCGAUUUCCCAACCCACGAACCAAAAACCUUCUAACCACUCCAACUGCCACCACUCCAACCACCACCCAGGACUUUUGGUUACUGCAUAUCACACGUUAGGCACCAUACUGCUAGCAGCCUCUGCUGCUGCUGCGGCGGCGGCGGCAGCAGCCGGGCAAGGAUCCAUUCCGCGUUUGCCGGAACAGCAACCACUUGCGGCGGCGACGACAGCACUGUCAACGGCGGUUAGGGUUUCGGAACGGUUGGUCGCCGCCGGCGUGAUGGCGCCGGCGGACGCGCGGCGAGUGGCGGCGCUCGACGCGCUUUCGACGGCGCUUUGGCGACAACACGAGGCGUCAGUCUCCAGUGUGGCCAAUGCGGCGGCGAAGAGCGAGUCGGCGAGUGUAGCAGCAACAGCCAGUCAAGCGGCUGGCAUGCUGGGGGGUACCGGUACCGCUCCGCUGGCUGCUGAAGACGGUCGCUGCAUGGGGCGUCUUCUGGAUAGCGGCGGCAGUGCGGAAAUCGCGGCUGCUGGCAGGCACCUGGAUGGCAGGAAUUGCUGCGAGAGCUGUGCUGUAAGCAGCCGCAGCAGCCUCCUGACCUCAUCCAACUCGACACCUAGCAGCACCUCUCCUGCACCCUCUCCUCACACCAUCUCCCCAGCCCUUCCAUCAUCAUCACCGCCACCGCCACCACCAUCCCCACCUCUGCAGCAGCAGCAGUCCUCCGCCUCUUCACCCUUCGCCGUACAAGCCAUAGCCCUGAAACGCCGUGCCGUACAACUCGCCUCCUCCUCCGUCGCCCUUGGCGAGCAACAUGUGCGGGUUUUAGGCGGCUGGCUGGCGCUAGGCGGCAUGGCGGAGGC